AAUUUAUUACUUCAAUCAAUUUUAGGCUUCACCAUUGCGAAUAUAAUUCCUAUUAUGAUGUUGGGGCGGAAACAGAGCCUCAAGGGAGAUCUGGUUUUGGCCGAUUACGGCCCAGAGGAGGCCCUCAAUGAAAGUGCGGAUAUAGAAUGGGUAAAUAAGUUAUGGAUAAGGAGGUUGAUGAGAGCUUGUGCAUUAAUGUCACUAAUGUCAGUAUGCCUGAACACCCCGAAAACCUUCGAAAAAGUACCUCAACUACAGAUCACAACAUUCGUUAUAGAUCUUAUUGUCACUUUUCUCUUCACAGCUGAAAUGAUUGCCAAAAUGCACAUACGUGGAAUAUUGAAUAGAGACAAGGCCUAUUUGAAAGAUCACUGGUGUAAAUUUGAUGCAGUGAUGGUUUUUUUCCUUUGGCUAUCAGUUAUUCUUCAAAUGUUCGAGAUGCUUGGAUUCGUCAGUAAAUUUAGCGCUGUGUCAGUAAUACGAGCCCCAAGACCACUAAUUAUGAUACGUUUUAUACGAGUAUUUUUGAAGUUUUCAAUGCCUAAAGCGAGAAUCAAUCAAAUAUUCAAACGAUCGAGUCAGCAAAUCUACAAUGUAACACUAUUUUUCCUGUUCUUCAUGUCACUGUACGGACUUUUGGGAGUUCAAUUCUUUGGAGAACUAAAAAAUCACUGUGUUCUCAAUACCACUAAUCCUAAUCACAUCACUAUAAAUAGUUUGGCUAUUCCAGAUACAUUUUGUUCCACUGACCCCGAGUCGGGUUAUCAAUGUCCUGAAGGAAUGAAGUGCUUAAAAUUAGAACUAUCAAAAUACAUUAUGGGCUUCAAUGGAUUCGAUGAGUUCGCGACCAGUAUAUUCACUGUAUACCAAGCAGCAUCUCAAGAGGGCUGGGUCUUCAUCAUGUACCGGGCGAUUGACAGUCUUCCAGCCUGGCGAGCUAUUUUCUAUUUCAGUACCAUGAUAUUUUUUCUGGCGUGGCUAGUGAAAAACGUAUUUAUUGCUGUUAUCACUGAAACAUUCAAUGAAAUUCGAGUACAGUUUCAACAGAUGUGGGGCACCAGAGGACAAAUAACAAAUAGUUCUGCUUCACAAAUUCUAUCGGGAGAUGAUAGCGGCUGGAAGCUUGUUACACUGGAUGACAACAAGCAUGGAGGACUUGCGUCACCACUCUGUCAAGCAAUUUUACGCUCUCCACAUUUUCGAAUGAUUGUUAUGUGCGCAAUUUUAGCGAAUGGAAUCACCACAGCUACAAUGAACUUCAAACAUGACGAACGACCAAGACAUAAUUAUUACGAUAACUACUACUACGCUGAGAUAGCAUUCACCAUAUUUCUCGAUUUGGAAACACUCUUCAAAAUAUGGUGUCUCGGUUUCCGAAGUUACUACAAACAUUCAAUACAUAAGUUCGAAUUGUUAUUAUCAAUCGGCACGACUAUUCAUAUUAUACCACUGUUUUAUCUUUCUGGAUUUACUUAUUUUCAAGUAUUGAGGGUUGUUAGACUCAUUAAAGCUUCUCCAAUGCUUGAAGAUUUUGUUUACAAAAUUUUUGGACCAGGAAAAAAACUUGGAAGUCUUAUAAUCUUUACCAUGUGUUUACUUGUUAUAUCUUCCAGUAUAUCAAUGCAAUUUUUUUGUUAUUUAUGCGAUUUCACUAAAUUUGAGACUUUUCCUGAAGCAUUCAUGUCUAUGUUCCAAAUUCUUACUCAAGAAGCAUGGGUUGAAGUAAUGGAUGAAACGAUGGUGAGAACUCAUGAAACUUUUGCACCACUAGUUGCAGUUUAUUUUAUUAUUUACCAUCUUUUCGUAACUCUCAUUGUGUUAAGUCUUUUCGUCGCUGUAAUUCUUGAUAAUUUAGAACUUGACGAAGAUAUAAAAAAAUUAAAACAAUUGAAAUUUCGUGAGCAAAGUGCUGAGAUUAAAGAAACACUUCCAUUUCGAUUGAGAAUUUUUGAAAAAUUUCCCGAUAGUCCACAAAUGACUUGUUUACAUAAAGUCCCAUCAGACUUCAAUCUUCCUAAGGUUCGAGAGAGUUUUAUGCGGCAAUUCGUUUACGAAGUUGAAGAUGAAGAAAGCGAAACGGCUAAAAGAAUAAAUGAAACAUUUGACUCAAAAAUGAUUUACAGAAAACAACGACCAGUUAAAAUUUUGAACCAACCACCGAAAGUCAGAAAUGUUAUGACUGAUCUAAAAAAAGCAGCCAUAAAUUAUAUCAUCAGUGACUCAAAUAACCAAAGAUUGUUACUUGGAGACUCAGCGAUGAUACCGAUACCUGGUAAGAGCCUCUUGAAACCUCAGGGCACGAUAAGUAGCGCAAAACAACUGAGAAUCGAUCAAAAAAAAUCAAUUCGUCGAAGUGUUCGUAGCGGGUCGAUAAAGCUGAAGCAAACUUACGAACAUUUGGUCGAAAAUGGGGACAUCGGAGCUAUCAACAGGGUCACUUCUUCACGUAGUAGGCCUCAUGAUCUUGAUAUCAAAUUACUUCAGGCUAAGAGACAGCAAGCUGAAAUGAGAAGAAACCAACGUGAGGAUGAUUUGAGAGAAAACCAUCCAUUCUUCGACACUCCACUUUUUGCCGUCCCACGGGAAAGUAAAUUUCGGAAAAUUUGCCAACUUCUCGUUUACGCUAGAUAUGACGCUAGAUUAAAAGAUCCUUUAACUGGCAAAGAACGGAAAGUUCAGUAUAAAAGUCUCCACAAUUUUCUGGGACUUGUAACUUAUUUAGAUUGGGUAAUGAUAUGCGCGACAACCCUCUCCUGUAUUUCUAUGAUGUUUGAAACACCGAAAUAUCGAGUUAUGGAAAUCCCAGUGCUGCAAGUUGCUGAGUAUGGCUUUGUUAUUUUUAUGAGCAUCGAAUUGGCUUUGAAGAUCCUCGCAGAUGGUUUAUUUUUCACGCCAAAGGCUUACAUUAAAGAUGUAGCGUCUGUACUUGAUGUUUUCAUUUACAUAGUCAGCUUAGUCUUUUUGUGUUGGAUGCCCAAAAGCGUGCCACCUAAUUCAGGAGCACAGCUAUUGAUGAUCUUACGAUGUGUAAGACCUCUUAGAAUAUUUACACUAGUGCCUCAUAUGAAAAAAGUUGUUUAUGAAUUGUGUAGAGGUUUCAAAGAAAUUUUAUUGGUAUCAACACUUUUAAUUCUUCUGAUGUUUGUAUUUGCGAGUUAUGGCGUUCAAUUGUAUGGCGGUAGAUUAGCUCGCUGCAAUGAUCCGACAAUUUUAAGACGAGAGGACUGUGUUGGAGUUUUUAUGAGACGAGUCUUUGUUACUAAAAUGAAACUCAAACCUGGUGAAAAUGAAAGCUAUCCAUCGAUUUUAGUACCACGCGUAUGGGCAAAUCCGAGAAGAUUCAACUUCGAUAAUAUCGGAGACGCAAUGAUGGCUCUCUUCGAAGUUCUUUCAUUCAAAGGUUGGCUUGAUGUAAGAGAUGUUUUAAUCAAAGCGCUUGGUCCAGUUCACGCGAUUUACAUUCACAUUUAUAUUUUCCUUGGUUGUAUGAUCGGUUUAACACUGUUUGUUGGUGUUGUUAUCGCUAACUAUUCCGAAAACAAAGGAACAGCUUUACUCACUGUCGAUCAAAGAAGAUGGUGUGAUUUGAAGAAGAGACUGAAAAUAGCUCAGCCACUGCAUUUGCCACCUCGUCCAGAUGGAAAGAAAUUUCGUGCAUUUAUUUAUGAUAUAACUCAAAAUAUAUAUUUCAAAAGAUUUAUUGCAGUUAUGGUUUUAAUAAACAGCGGGCUACUGUGCGUUUCGUGGAGAAUUGAAGAAGAACAUACAGAAGCAUUAGCUACAGUGUCAACAAUGCUGGUACUAGUGUUUGUUGUUGAAGUAAUAAUGAAAAAUAUAGCAUUUACGCCGCGGGGUUAUUGGCAAUCAAGAAGAAAUCGUUACGAUCUUUUGGUUACUGUUGUUGGAGUAGUUUGGAUAGUUAUUCAUUGCACAAUGAAAAAUGAUUUAUCAUACGUUAUUGGCUUCAUGGUUGUAAUCCUCAGAUUUUUUACAAUCACAGGAAAACACACGACACUAAAAAUGUUGAUGUUAACUGUCGGUGUAUCAGUUUGUAAGAGUUUUUUCAUUAUAUUUGGUAUGUUUUUGUUGGUGUUUUUCUACGCACUUGCUGGUACUAUAUUAUUUGGUACUGUCAAGUAUGGAGAAGGAAUCGGGAGGCGAGCUAAUUUUGAAUCACCAGUUACCGGAGUGGCUAUGUUGUUCCGUAUCGUAACCGGUGAAGAUUGGAACAAAAUAAUGCAUGACUGCAUGGUACAACCGCCAUACUGUACACCGGCUCCUAAUUACUGGGAAACUGACUGUGGAAAUUUUCAUGCUUCACUUUUUUAUUUCUGUACAUUUUAUGUUAUUAUAACAUACAUCGUGUUGAAUUUAUUAGUGGCUAUUAUCAUGGAGAACUUUUCACUCUUUUAUUCAAACGAAGAAGACGCACUGUUAUCUUAUGCUGAUAUAAGGAAUUUUCAAAAUACAUGGAACGUCGUUGACAUACAUCAACGAGGAGUUAUUCCAGUCAGACGAGUUAAAUUUAUAUUAAGACUUUUGAAAGGAAGAUUAGAAACCGAUCCACAGAAAGAUCGACUACUUUUCAAAUAUAUGUGCUAUGAGCUUGAAAGAUUACAUAACGGAGAAGAUGUUACUUUUCAUGAUGUUAUAAAUAUGCUCUCGUACCGUUCAGUAGAUAUUAGGAAAGCUCUCCAAUUAGAAGAACUUCUAGCACGAGAAGAGUUCGAAUAUAUCAUCGAGGAAGAAGUGGCCAAACAGACAAUACGAACUUGGUUAGAAGGAUGUUUGAAAAAAAUACGCGCCACUGGAAAACAACAAAAUAGUCUGAUAGCUGGGUUACGAGCGACCAAUGAUUUGGCAACAUUGGCUCAAGAUCAUUCCGAAGAAAAGAGUAAAGAAAAUGUUGUUGAACGUGAAGAAGAAACUGAAACAAAGGAAACUGAAGGUAUUCGUCACAGAAGUAAAAAGCCAGUCGUAUUGCCAAGAUCUGAUAGCAUUGGGAGCGUGACGGGAAGAAAAUAUUUAGCGCCAACAUUAUCAGAUCCUGUUUCUGGUCGCAAUGAAAAAGAAAAAAUCAAUGCAUCAAAGAAACGAAAUAGUCGGCCUCCACCAUUAGCGAAAAACAAUUUGCCUCAUCUUUCGGAAGGAACAGAACAAAUCAGACCGCGAGAAAUAUCAAGCACUAAAACUUCAGUACCAAAAGUAAGUAGUGUUACUUUAGAAGUUAAGGAAUGGUGGGUAGAACAACUUGCGCAUAGUUCAGAGUCCAGCGAAGACGAGUUCUAACCAGAUUGUGGUCUAAAUUAUUAAAUUUUUAGUUUGUCAAAAAUUUUAUUGUUAUCAGUAUCAAAAAAUAUGGAAGAUUAUAAAUUUUAUAUAUUUAAUAAUUAAUAAGAUCAAAUUCAUCAGAAGUCACAUAUAGAGAAGAUUCUAAAAAGGGAAGAAAAAUUUGACAAAGUUAAUUAAUUCUUUGUCAUGAUUUUGGGUGCCUAAACAACUGAAUCAUUUACUCAGAUUCAAUGAUAUAGAGAAUAUAUUUAUCCGCAUAUUUAACAUAUUCUGUUAAAUAUAUUAUUAUGUUAGAAGUACUUUUUUAUAAAGCCAAAAAUUGAGGUGCGACAAAGUAAGAUUCGAUAAAUUAAUUAACGAAACAAAAUCAUUCUGUAAAUAUACAUCGAUCUCACCUAACUGUAAAGUUGUUUUAAGAGAAUAAAUGUACAUAGUUUAUUAUUUAUAUUUGACAAGUUAGAUUUUUUACAAAUGAUCUAAUAAUAUACAGCGUUAAUAUCUUCUCGAAAUCGUACAAAUGAUCGUGAAAUAUUAUUCAUUCGAUUUUCUUUUUAACUGCAAAUUAUUAUGUGAAGUUACUUAAUUAAAGAAAAUGCAUCUAAAUAAUAGAUUGAUAUUCAAAAUUCAUGUAAUUUUAUUUGCAUUACUAUUACUUUCAAAACCAAGAAAAUUUAGGAAAAUUUAAUUCGAUAAUAUUAAAAUUGUUUUACUGUACGAAAAGAAAUAAAUAAUGAAGAAAAUUAUAUAAAAUAAAAUUUUUAUACAUCAGUUUGUAUAAUAAAUUAUUUGGUCACAUUGAGUUGAAAAUUAUAAAAUUUUGUAAGUGCCGAUGUUUUGUUGGGUCUAAAACUAUUCAACUGACAGAAUGAAUAAUAUAAUUGUCGUGAUUGAUAAGAUAGUGAAAUUAACUAUAUUGCUGUUGAGAUUUUGAAGCAUAAAAAGUAUUUGUUCUUUUAUAUUGCAGAUUAUCGGCUAUGUUAAUUUGUAAUAUUAUAUAUAUUAUAGAGUAUAAAUAUACAGAUAUGCCCAGUUUAAUAAUUAUAAAAUGUUUAUUAUAGAAACAAAGGCCGUUUAUAAAUAAAAGCGAAAGAUUUUAAUAUCUAUUACCAAAACUAUUACAACUGCCUAAAUAAUUGAAUAUAUAUUUUGACGAAAUUAGAGAACAAAAUAUUAUUAUAAAAAAAGAAAUCUUGAGAAAAUAAUAUAACUGUGAAAGUUUUAUUAUUUAAAAAAAAAUAUCUAAUGAAUUUGUUUUCAAUUUUUUAUUUUUUAUUAUAUGGAACAAUUUAAUUAAUAACCAACAAAUAAUUAUAUAUAGAAGAAAUAAAAAAAAUUCUAAAUAUCAAGAAUAGUGUUUU